GCUGGGGGGCCAGGUGACGUCGCCCUGGAAGCAGAGCAGUUGGUUUUUCCAGCCUGGGAUUUAUGGAGUAAAUCUACCAAGUUGUCCCACUAUCAAGAGCUUUUUACCCAAAAAUAACAGCUGGUGGUUGCUUUUUAGUUUGUUUAUUUGUUUAUAACUUUAAAUAUAGUAGUAGCGCAAUGUCGAAUUUCAUCCCGGGACAGCCGUUGGUGGCAGUUGUGCAACGGAUUGAGAUCAAGAAGCUGCGGCAGGGAGAUAAUCUGAUCCUGGGCUUCAGCAUCGGAGGAGGGAUCGACCAGGACCCCGGGCAGAACCCCUUCUCUGACGACAAGGCUGACAAAGGGAUCUAUGUGACCAGGAUAACUCCGGGAGGACCAGCCGAAACAGCCGACCUGAGGAUGGGAGACAAAAUAAUGCAGGUGAACGGCUACGAUAUGACCAUGAUGACCCACGACCAGGCGCGCAAAAGACUAACGAAGAAGAACGAGGACGUCGUGCGGCUCCUGGUGACCAGGAAGUCUCUGGAGGAGGCCGUGAAGAACUCGAUGGGCGGCCACCAACGACAGUAGAGUAACAAACACAGAUGGUGAUGUCACCGUGGCAUUUUAAAACUGCGUUCAAUAUCUACGUGACUCAAGUGUCUGCAGAGGACAGUCGUUGGCAACAGGACGGGGCUCUUUAUGUCCACACACACUAAUUAUCAUCUUUUCUACUUCACCUUUUAAACAUCUCCGAAACAUCUCCGUCUGAAAUGAGCAGCAACCUAAGAAACCCAGAUUAUCAGGGGCACGAAAAAAUGAAAUCCAAAUUACUUUUGACAUUUUUUUUAGUAAAAUGUUCAUUAUUUUCAAAAGGUUUCUGUAUAAAAACCUAACUAAGGGUAGCAACGAGGAACAGUUUAUCCAGAUAUUCCUAAUAUUGACUAUAAUUACAAUUAUCUUGCUCUGGUUUUUGAACAAAAUCGGCUGAAAUGAGGCGUUUUUUUCAGGACAUUUUCUAACAUAACGCUAACACAUGUCUCUACACACAUCUGUUUUAAAAUAAACAAGGCAGCACAUCUUUAAGGUAUUUGCUUUCAGUCGUUGGACAACAGGACGAGGCUCUUUAUGUCCACACACACUAAUUAUCAUCUUUUCUACUUCACCUUUUAAACAUCUCCGAAACAUCUCCGUCUGAAAUCAGGAGCAACCUAAGAAACCCCGAUUAUCAGGGGCACGAAAACAAGAAAUCCAAAUCACUUUUUCCUUCCAGUUAUUGCUAAACGUUGUGUUCUGAAACUCUCUUCAGGAAAAGAUCUAAUAAAAACCUAACUAAGGGUAGCAACAGGGAACAGUUUAUCCAGAUAUUCCUAAUAUUGACUAUAAUUACAGUUAUCUUGCUCUGGUUUUUUAACAAAAAUCAGCUGAAAUUAGGCGUUUUUUCAGGACAUUUUGUAACAUAAGGCUUCCACAUGUCUCUACACACAUCUGUUUUAAAAAUAAACAAAGCAGCACAUCUUUAACUCGCUCCCACUCUGGAGGUAUUUGCUUGAUACGAGUUAUUUGGGAGCAAUCUUAGUCUCUUUGAUCAAAUGUUGUGCGUCAUUAAUGUGUCGUUAAUCAUCCGCGUUUCAUCUCAUUAAAAGAAAACAGUCUGAACUCUACAGCGUUGAUGCCAAAGUUAAAGUUGUGAAUUGAUCGAAGCAGUUUUUAUAAUUAUUUUCUUUACAACAAAUCAUAUUCCUGUAUGCACAAUGUAUUCACGCAUACUAAUGUCUUUUACACUAAUAUUACGUUUGUUUUUUGUGAUCACAUGUAGUGUCCUUUUUUAUUCUGCGUAUGCUAAAAUAGCCCCAGGGUAUCUCAUGCUAACAUUCCUCCAGCUUGACUGACUUCACGGUAUCAUUUCAUUUCCCCUAUAUCACUUUAAUCUCCUUCAGCGUGGGAAAGUUGGUAUUUUCUUUCUUUUUGAUACGAGCAAAAACCUGCUAGUUUCACACUGGAAUCAACUCAGAAAAGUGUCUCUAAGUGGUUUAUUGUCAAUGAGCUGAACACAGCAGCAGGGAAUGUGGUUUAAUAAUGUGCUCAGCAGCCUUUUGGGAAUACCUAACACUAAAUGUAAUAAAACCCAUUUGUUUUCCACACUAACUUUUAUAUACACUUCAAAGUGAAAUCAUAAACCAUUGUCUUAUCCUUGGGUGAUGUUAUUGGCUCUUUCUUAUACUGUAUAUAAUAUAUUUUGUUCUCUGUGUGUUUACAACAACAGUGUGAUUUGUGUGACAUAAAUAACCUUAUCUAUCAAGUGUGUUAUUACAACUUGUUCCACUGUUCAACAGGAAAGGGAUUCGCCUUUUAUACCAAUGACAAUAAAUGAAUGUUCAAGGUCCGUCUGAAAUAUGUGUCAUAAUGUAUUAGACAUAUUUAAUUGAUCAUAAAACCUGAUCCUUUUCAGCCACACCUCUCCAUUUUAAAUACUGUCUCUGCCAAGUACCCCACACCUUUUUGAUAUCAAAAUAAAAACCUAUAUGAAUAAUUA